AGAUAUUUAAGUUGCAACAAAAAGAAUAAAAAACACUUGGCCCAGCAAUUGAUACCGCAGUAUGGCACGUACCUACGCCACACUUGUAUACUGCGGUAUGGCUAUUGCAAAUGGUCCUAUUAUUACUGCUGCAGCACGAUAAGAAGCACCGGGCAGCCGCGAAAUGAGCCCCAUGCUGCACACAGCUCUUUUCCUCCUCACAGGAACUCAGGCAUACCGCGCCUUUGAGCUCUGCGGUGAGCUCCAGCAAAGCAUCGCGCCCCCGCCGGCAAACAUUUCGUCUGCCCUGGCACGCACGCUCGUGCUCGUCGUCAGCGGUGGCGAGAUGCAUCAGCGGCGUGUGCGGCCGCUCGCGUGCACGUGGGCGCGGCGGCUCCCGCGCUGGGCGGUGGUCUCGGACGAAUGCGUCGAGGGCCUCGCGUCGGUUCGAACAAAGUCGCCAGCCGAGUGGUGGGCGGAAGCCACGGGCUUGGAGGACGCACCGCCGCCGUCCCUCCGCGGCCGGGGCUACGGCGCCGCGCAGACGCGUUGGGCUGUGGGACUGCAGUACGCGGCGCUCGUGACAUCUACCCCGCUAGCCGUGCCCGUUGACACGUUCGUAUUCUCCGACGACGAUGGCUUUGUAAGCACGCGAGGCCUCGCGCUGCUAAGACCACCCCAAAGCGGCUUCCUCGCGUACCUCUGCUAUCGGAACCGCAAAUUCAAGGACGACGUCGAGGUCGACGUGCCCUGUGGUGGCGGGGGCUGGGCUUUCUCCGCUACCUCGGUAGCCCGCGUCGGGCCGAAAGCGCCGGGCUGUUUUUUUCACGUUGGUCGAGGCCUCCCCACGAACAGACACCAGAAUUCGCAUGUCCUGGCCUACUGCCUCGCGCGGGAUUAUGACGUUCGCGGCACGCACGAAGACCGGCUCUGCCCGGACGGCGCGAUGGAGGAUUGUUCGGAGGACCCAGCCAUCGUGCACCUCCCCAAGCGCCUUUUCAGAAAGAGGCCUGGGGUCGGCUUCACCCUCUAUUUGGGUUGUCUCCUCGCGGCCACGGACGCGGGCCGAUCAAAUUGGCAGCGGCCGCCUGUCCGCCUCGACUCGAAGCAGUGUGUUCCAUGCCAUGCGCCAACGGGGGGGCGGGGUCGAUGACGCUCCAGAGUAGUCGUGGUCGGUCUAUACUCGACAGUCUUGAGCCUCGGCCGUCUGGAUU